GGAACUGGACAGUUCUGAGUUAAAUAUCUUGUGCCCAUGAUAAAGAGGAAAACACUAGUAUCCAAAUAAAAGAAUUUCUCCUUCUUGUUGCUGCUGUUUUGAAUCUACAAGCCAAAGAAUUGGAAGACGUUGAAUUGUAAAUAAACAGGUCUUUUGCAGUCUGGCAAAAUGGCUGAUAGUCCAAGCUGUGAUUUGAAAUCUCUGAGUCCGCUUCAGCUGUUUGAAAGAGUAACUGAACAAGGAGAGAAAGUCAGAGCACUGAAAGCAGGAAAAGCACCAAAGGAUGAAAUUGAUGCAGCAGUGAGGAUGCUGUUAUCAUUAAAACUGUCAUAUAAAACAACAACAGGGCAAGAUUAUCAGGCAGGCUUGCCUCCAAGAGAUCUUGUAUUAAUAAACAAUGGUACAACUAAAGAAGAGGAUGAGGAUUUUGUGGACCCCUGGACUGUGCAGACAUCAAAUGCUAAGGGCGUGGAUUAUGACAAACUCAUAGUUCGGUUUGGCAGCAGUAAAAUUGACACAGAUCUGAUCAAUCGAAUAGAAAGAGCUAUUGGGCAAAAACCUCACCGCUUUCUACGUAGAGGAAUCUUUUUUUCUCACAGAGAUAUGGACCAAAUCCUUAAUGCUUAUGAAAAUAAGAAGUCCUUUUACCUUUAUACAGGCAGAGGGCCGUCCUCUCAGGCAAUGCAUGUUGGUCAUCUUAUCCCAUUUAUAUUCACAAAGUGGCUGCAAGAAGUAUUUGAUGUUCCCUUAGUUGUACAGUUAACUGAUGAUGAGAAAUACCUUUGGAAGGACCUGACAACUGAGAAGGCGUAUGAGUAUGCUAGAGAAAAUGCAAAAGACAUCAUUGCCUGUGGUUUUGACAUCAAUAAAACCUUUAUAUUUUCUGAUUUAGACUAUUUGGGGACAAGUACCGGAUUCUACAAAAACAUCGUCAAAGUUCAGAAGCAUGUUACAUUUAACCAAGUGAAAGGAAUCUUUGGCUUUACAGACAGUGAUUGCAUUGGAAAGAUCAGCUUUCCUGCUAUUCAAGCUGCUCCAUCCUUCAGUUCAUCAUUUCCACAGAUCUUCAAUGGCAAGGAGAACAUUCAGUGUCUUAUCCCAUGUGCUAUCGAUCAGGAUCCUUAUUUUAGAAUGACCCGGGAUGUAGCACCUAGAAUUGGACAGCCUAAACCAGCCUUACUGCACUCAGUCUUCUUCCCAGCCCUGCAAGGAGCACAGACAAAAAUGAGUGCUAGUGACCCGAACUCCUCCAUCUUCCUCACUGAUACACCCAAACAAAUCAAGACAAAGAUUAACAAGCAUGCCUUCUCAGGAGGCAGAGAUACUAUUGAAGAGCACAGGAAGUACGGAGGUAACUGUGAUGUUGACGUGUCUUUUAUGUACCUGACUUUCUUCCUAGAAGAUGAUGACAGGCUUGAACAACUGAAGCAGGCAUACACAAGUGGGGAAUUGCUCACGGGGGAGCUGAAGAAGGUUCUUAUUGAAACAUUGCAGCCCUUGAUAGCAGCUCAUCAAGAGAGACGGAAGCAGGUCACAGAUGAAAUGGUGAAGCAAUUCAUGACUCCACGGAAGCUAGCUUUUGAAUUUUGAAGAAAUGCGUAUGUAACUUACCACUUGAUAAACCAAAACCGAGUCAUUGUUGUCUUCUGUUGUAUGUCAUCACUCCCUAGUUAUGUACUGCCUGCAAUCAGUGCUUUAUAAAUAUUGCUUUUAAUGAGUUAAUUACAAUGAAUGUCGGAGUACAGGAAAAGUUUAAAACAGGACUCGUAUCUAUUUAAAAUCACAAUAUACAAGACAGAAUUUCCCAAUCUUGCAGAAAAGCAUGUCUGUCAGCACAACGCUAUUUUAUUGUAUUUCAUGUUGAAAAUAUAAAUAAAACUUCCAUUUUGAUUAUAAAGCCUAACUUGUAAAUUGUUUUAGAUAUGUUGGUAAGAGGUCAUAUCUCAAACUAAUAACUAGUAGCUCCAUUUUCUUUUGUCCUGUGUACCUUGGUUUACUAGACUGCAUGUCCUUUUGGGCUACUGGGAACAUGCUGCACACAAAAAGAUAGUGAAUGUUACAAAGUAGAUUACAUGGUGACUUAGGCCUGGCAUCAAUAUGGAAAGAAUGGAGUUCUGCGAGCUGAAUACGGGAGAAAGAAUAUCAGCCUGGUUUUGCUAUCGUCUUCCUCUUUGACCUGGGGCAAGUCGCAGAAAUCUCACUGUACUUUUGUUUCUGCAGCUAUUUAACUGGUCUGACUGCCUCUGGAGGGAGGAGAUUAUCACAAGGUUGUAAAGUUCCUUCAUAUUCUCAGGUGGAAGAUAGUAUAGAAAUGCAAAUUUUAGUUUCUAGUUACAAAAAAUACCAAGUGUUAAAUCAUGCUGUGAAAAUGAAGUCACUGCUGGACACAGGGAUACUUCUAGUACUGUCUGUUCUGUUUACUGUACUAGGUCAUUUAAACUAGGGGUACUUAUUUUAAGAUGUAUUCCAAUGAGAAAAUACACUUUGUUAAAAUACCUCAUGUAAUAGUUAAUUAUCUCAUUUUUUAAAAAGAACUUCGAUGUCUUUGCUAUGAUUUGUGGAAGAAAAAUUCAAAUUAUUAGCUAAUUUUUUUUAAUAUGUACAGUGCUGAAUGCAAACUGUUAGAUCUGUCUUGUAUUUAUAUAGAAUAGAACGUUACUAGCCCAAACAUAGUCUUAUCUACAUCAAAUAAAAAUACCUUUGAUAACACAGGUGGAUAUUGAUGUGGUAUUUGCAAAUCAUUUAAAAAUAUAAGGAAGGCACUUGAAAGAGGUGUGAAAGAUUUAAACUUUAACAGGUUCUCUACUGGGGGACCUAGUGGACAUAUAUUGACUGUAGCAUUCUUUAAAAAAAAAAAAAAAAAAAAAAGCACACUUUUAAUGUGACCGUAAACCUUUGAAGUCAGCUGAUUUCGCUUGGGUUGAGGGAAAAUUUCAAGGGUGAGACUUCUCAUUGACUUCAGUAGACCUUGGAUCAGCCUGUUAGUACGUGAGAACGUGCUGGGCUGUUUGUGCUGCCUGGAGCUGCUGCCGCUGCCUUCCCACCCGUAGCGGUUCUGUGACACAGCGUACAUGUCCCCUCCAGGAAUGACCUUGCGUUUCUGAGAUGGAAAUGCCUGUGUGCCAAGUUGUAUAUGAAGUGCCCCUGUUAGCUUAUGUUUGUGCAAGGAACAAGGAAAGACUGAAAUGCAAGGCGAGUUUAGUCCUAUUGCAAGUGUUUCAAACUUGUGCUGAAAAUAGCAAUGCUUAGCUUUUGUCUUUUUCUUUACAGUUUACGUGAGCUGGCAUCGCUAAUCUAAUGCCAUUGACUUUAAUGUAUUAAAGUAAAUGUUUACCAGCGACUGUCUCUCUAUAACCCACAGACAUAGUAUCUUAGUGCUAACAAGUGUUUAACAAUCAGUAGAAAAGCUUUUUUUUUUUUUUUAAAGCAGUGGAGCAAUUCUUAGAAAAGAAAAAUAGCUUUUUAAAUCCAGUGGUAAUUAAACUAAUUCUUGGUUACUGUAGCCUUUAAUGAUGACCUUCCUGUUCUUGCAGUCCACUCUUUGUCAUCUUUAACCUAUACAUGAAAGAUAAGACUUAAAUUGACUUUUAAGGGGCAUUUACAAACUCAUAAUGCAAAUUUCUUCUUGAAAAUACUAUAUGCAGAUCUGUCCUGGAAGAUUUAUUUCAUUUAUUCAGGAAAGGGAAAUAUGCUGUAGGAGGAACAGUAGUGUGUUCUAUUCUAACUUAGCAUAUGGAUUAAUUUUGUAACACAGCAAUUAAAAUCUGUUUUGAAUGUUCUAGAAAGGAAAGUGAUAGCAAAAUUAUUUAGUAUUUGUUUACUGAGCAAGCACCUUACUCAAGUACUCCAACAAAUUCUUACAACCAUGCUUCUGAAAUGAUACAAUUUCUCAAAGGAGUUUUGGCAAAUUCCUAAAUCUGUUGUAAUUACAAUUCAUAUCCCAGAGGUAUUUAAAAGUCAAGACAAGACAGGCUUCAAAAGCAUGCGUGAGAUGUCUAAGAAUGUUAUCAGGCAAUGUUCAUUACAUUUUCCUCAAUUUGUUCGUAUUUUGUUUAUCUCACUGUAAUAAAAAUGUAGAUAAGUCUAUACCAAA